AUGUGGAUCUCUACGACGGCGGCCGCAGCCCAGCGCGCGGGAAGGGCCCUGAACCCUGAGGGAGAGCGUAGCGACUCUUUCGCGGCCCAUAGAGACCUUAACUCGAAGAAUCAGCUCCGCUUUAUCCGUGGCGACGUGCAUCCCUCGCCUCUGCGCUCCUCUCUCCCGAUUUUGGCUUCGUCCGGCAGUGUGCCUGCCUCUUCUAGGUUCCUUGAGAGGAAUCUCGUGCCUGUAAACGCCUCUGCUGCACCGCACUCGUGUAGGAGCGAAGCUGCAACGGCGCGCCUGAGCCGUGCUUCGGCUUCCCGCGUGUCUCUACUCCCCCGUCGGGCAACGAUUGUCGCAUGCCGCGCGCCAGCGUCACCUUCUUCAGCGUCCGCAGAUCUUCUGCCGCCGCCUCCGCCGCAGGCGUUUCCGCAGGCCGCCAAGCCCCCCGACCACGUCGUCGUCGCAGACUCUGCGGAGGCCAGCCCUCUGAUUCGCUUUCUUCUCUCUUCAGCCUCGCAAGCCCCCUCUCCGGGCCGCGCCGCGCCCUCCGCGUCGUCUGCGGCGCCUGCAGUAUCUGCGAAGGAGGCGGCAAGCAGUUCCGCCGUGGAGCUUGGGCCGCGCUACUUGCCCGGCGACCUUAUUCUCCCCUCUGAGGCGCUUGGACAGCCAGAGGGCGGGAACUGUGCGGUGUACCUUUUCCAGUUCGAGAGCUGUCCGUUCUGCCGCAAAGUGCGCGCUUGCCUGGACUUUCUCCGCGUGCCUUACACCAUCGUGGAGGUUGAGCCGCUGAUCAAGAACGAGCUGAAGCCCUUCGGAUACAAGAAAGUCCCUCUCCUCGUUCUCGCGCGUCAGGAACCGUCCGCGGAAGACGCCCCGUCGGUGCUUUCUUCAGCCGACGCCGCGAAACUGCUCGCGCGGUACGCGGAGGAAGACGCGUUGAAGCCUGCAGCUGCGAGACGGCUACUCGCGCUGGCGGACAGCAAGGCGAUUGUUCAUGCGCUUCUUGAGAAACGAAGGCUGGAGGCACAGCGCGGAAACGGUCGCGGCGCGUGCACGCAAAUCGUGGAUCAUGCGGCAGAUGCGAAGAGGAGACUGCGAGAGGUCGAGUGGAUUGUGUGGACCGACCAGGUCCUUGUGCAGUUGAUUGUGAUGAAUGUCUAUCGAACGAUGCAGGAGUCGCUGGAGACGUUUUCGUAUCUCCUCACGCAUCCCUCGUUCUCCACCUUCCAAAAGAUGGCCGGCAGAUGGUCAGGCAGCGUCGUGAUGCGCCUCGUCGCUGGACAGCGGAAGAAGCGCUACGCGGUAGAUGACGUUCGUGCUGCGCUCUACGCAGCCGUGGACGACUUUCGCAAAUCCUUUGAGGAGACGUCUCACCCUUCGCCUUUCUUCGGAGGCGAUGCCCCUAACGAACUCGACCUUGCUGUCUUCGGGAUCCUCAACAGCACCGAGGGCUGCGCGGUCGAAAGGGAUCUUGAGCACAGCUCAAUCGUGCCGUGGUGGGAGCGCAUGCGCAAAGCUGUGGGCCCGUCCACAGCUCUUAACCAUAUUGCGAGAGGGCCGGCCGCCCAAGCUUGA